AUGAGAAAGACCUUGAAGUUAUUUUGUAUCUCUGGGUUCCUCUUUUCUUCUAGGACAUUAUGCAAGUUGGAAAAUUAUUUAAAAAAUGAAUAUGAGAAAGAAAAUUCUUUUAAUAUAAUAAAUAAUAAAGUAGAAAAGGAAUAUGAUAGUAGAACGAAUAAUAAUGUAAAUAUUGAUAGGUCAUCAGAUGGAAGGUUGGAAUUGCUUGAAGUAAAAGAAGAAGCUUUAUUGAAUGAUAAAAAUAUACAGGAACAAGAGGCAGAGAAUAAUAUAAAUUUUGAAGAAAAAAUUUUACAUAAAAAUGUUUAUGAAUUAAAUAAAGAAAGAAUAGAAAAAGAAGGAUUAUAUAAACCAAAUACUAUUAAGAAUAUAGAAGAUGAAUCUUUAUAUAAAAAGGGUAAGUUAAAUUUUUUAUAUGAAUAUGGUAUGGAAUUACUUAAUAUAAAUAAGGUACGUAUGAAUAAAAUGAAUAAUUCUAGAAGUUUAGGUGAUAGUAAUAUGUCGUUUUUAGAUAUAUCAAAUAAUAACAAUAAAAAUAAAAAUAACAAUAUGAAUAAUUUGAAUUCAUUGUCUUUUGUGGAUAUGAAAUCUGUACAUAGAUGUAUAACAAAGAGAAAAAAAGGAGAAAAAGAUUGGGCAUGUAAUGAUAAAAAUACAAAGGAACCAAAUAUAUGUGUUUCAGAUAGAAGAGUACAAUUAUGUACAGGUAAUUUAGUUGAUCUUUCUAUUGAUGAAUCUACUAAAGAAAAAUUUAAAGAGAAACUUAUUAUAGCAGCAAAAAGAGAAGGGACUCUAUUAUUUGAAAAAUUUGGUAAGGAAUAUACUGCAGAAUUUUGUCUUAAUUUAAAAUGGAGUUAUAGUGAUUAUGGAGAUAUUAUAAAAGGUACUGACAUGGAAGGAGUUGGUAGAUCAAUUAAAGUAGAGUUUGAAAUAGAUAGAAUAUUUAAAAGUGACCAAGAAAAAUCUAAGGAAAAUAGGAAAAAAUGGUGGGAUGAAAUUAGUGUAGAUAUAUGGAAUGCUAUGAUAGAAGAACAUAAAGGAAAGUUACCAAAAGAAAUAAAAGAAUGUUCAGAAAACAAACCUUCCGAUGAACCACAAAUUAAUAGAUGGUUAAUGGAAUGGGCUUAUGAUACAGAUUAUCAUAAAGAUAAAUGGUAUAAGAAAUUAGAUGACCCUAAUAGUAAAUGUAACAGCGUUUGCCCAAAAGAACAAGUUUGUAAAUCUGAAUGUACAAAAUAUAAAACAUGGGUUAAUAAAAAAAAUAGCGAUUUCACAAUAUUAUCAGCAACUUAUGUAAAAUAUAAUAAAACUAAUUUAUCAUAUAAAACUGCAUUUGAAUAUUUACAACAUAAAUGGGAUAAAUAUAAUGAAUUAAAUUUUGGUAGUAUAUUUGAUCAGUUGAAUGCUAAAUAUUAUAAUAAAUGUGUUUGUCAAAAUAGUAGGUUGGAAAAUAAUGCUUUAUUUGUAAAAAUAGAAAAUAUAUGUAAAAAUAAAGAACUUAAAUCUAUAUAUGGACAAUUAUAUUGUAAAGAAAAAGGAGAUGAUAAAAUAUGGCAAUGUGUAAAUGAAAAUAUAAAAGAUUUUCCAGAUGUAUGUGGUCCACCAAGAAGACAACAAUUAUGUUUAGGAAAUUUAGAUAAGGAUCAAUUUAAAAAUGUUAGUGAUUUGCGUGUAUUUUUGAAUGAAAUUAUUUUAGGUAUUAAAGAUGAAGGCAAAUAUUUAAUAGAAAAAUAUAGAAGAAAUAUGCAUGAGAAUAAAUAUCUUGAUAACAGGGCAUGUAAAUAUUUAAAUUACAGUUUUGAUGAUUACAAAAAUAUUAUACUUGGUAAAGAUAUGUGGAGAGAUCCCAAUUCAAUAAAAACAGAAAAUAUUUUGAAAGGAAAUUUUGAAGCAAUAAAAGCAAAUAUUGUUCGUAAGUAUCCAGGUUAUGCCGAUUUGUCUCUUGAUGAAUUUCGUAAACAUUGGUGGGAUCAAAAUAAAAGUCAAUUAUGGGAAGCUAUAUCAUGUGAGUUUUAUACUAAUAAUCAUAUAGGAGUAUGUUUAAUGGAAGACGAUGAUGAUAAUCAAUACUUACAUUGGUUUAGAGAAUGGAAGAAUGAUUUUUGUAUUGAAAAACCUAAAUGGAAUAAUGUAAUAAAGGAACCAUGUAUAAACAGAGUAAUUAAAGUUAUAAGAAAAAUGGAUAAUGCACAUGAUGUAGAUGCAGUAUGUAAAAGGUCUUGUACAGAUUAUGAUGAUUGGAUAAUUAAUAAGUUAAAGGAAUAUAAGAAGCAAUCAAGUAAAUAUAAAAGAGAUAGAUCAUUAUAUAACGAUGUUAUAAAAAAUUUGAAACCUUGGGAAUAUUUAUCUAUGAAAUGUACUGAAUGUACUUGUGAUCUUGAUACUGAAACGUUUGUGUAUCCAUAUAAGGGUUAUGAAAAUAAAUGCUCAAGUAUUGUUAAACCAUAUGAUCCUAAAGAUAUAGAGGAUGAACAAUUCAAUAAUCCAUCUAUGAAAGUAAAGCCAGAGAAUGCACCUUCCAAAGAUGUAACAGAAAGAGAGGCACCUGGUGUAGAUGUCUUAUCUAUAAAAGAAACCGUACAUUUAGAACCUUUUAAACCAAAUGAUGUAGAUCAUAUUAGUGAUGCAGCUGUAGGAAGGAAUACUAAAGAGGGUGGAAGUAGUCCAAGAGGUGAAAGUGAUAUCGUACAUACAAGCACUGAAACACAUACACACCAUGAUGGUGUCUCUGCAUCGUCAUCAAGUUUAGAUAGUAGUUCUAGAAGCGAUGGUUUAUUAUCUGGUGUUGAAGGGGUUGAUGUAGAUCAACAGGAGCUUGGUUCCGAUGAAUUAUUAUCUUCUCAAACAGUAACUCAUGAAGUUACUGAAUCUGAAGGAUCGAUAUUAAAUCAACAUGGAAACGAACCUAGUCAAACACGUGCUCAUUUAGAUGGAGAAUCUGUAUCCAUUGAUAAUACCGAAGACACAGAACAUUCUAGUAUAACACCUCAUGUGACCCAUGAAGCUAAUUCACUUUCUGGAGGUGAAAACCAAGAAACCAUAUUAGGAGAAAGAGAAUCCGUUACUACCUCUUCCUUAGAAGAUGAAUCAAGCACAAUUGACAGACAUUCUGAUAGAACAAAUAUAGGACAAGUGAGUGAUGUAUCUGUUGAUAGUUCAUCUGAAACUGAGAAAGAAAGUAGAAGCGGUUUAGAAACUGAACAAAUGGAGGGUGCAGAAGUAAAUGGAUUAAAUCGUAAUAAUGAUAUGGCUUUGGAAAAUGAUUCAGUAGAGAGAAGAGAAGAUGAAAAUGCAGAUGCAAAAGAACGUUCAGGAGACGGUGCACCAAAUAAAGAACAUUUGAAUGCAUCACAAGGUAAGGAACACAAAUUAGAAAGUUCAGAGAGCCCAGAAAAUUCAAAAAGAGCAGAUAGUGGCUUAGAAAGUCAAUCUAAUAAAUUAAGUAAUACAUCACAUAUGAAUCAUAAUGAUAGAAUAGAAACAACAGGUGAGAGAAGUAUAGACGGUUCACAUAAUGGUUAUGGUCAUGAUAGAUCUGAUAACCCAAGGCACAGAAUGAAUAUAAAUAAUAGAUCUAGACAAGGACCGCUUGAGAGUGAUAUUGUUGUAAGAGGAGAUUAUAUAAAUAAUCAUGAAGGAGAAGAAGAAGAUUCCAAAAGUACUUUAAAUGAUCAUAGAAAUAAUUUAAAUAAUAUGCAUAAUAGAACUUAUAAUAUAGAAGAAUAUAUAUAUAGAGAUGUUAAUAAGGUAGCUCAUGAUAUAAUGAAAUCUUAUAAAAGCAAUGGAUGUACUAAUGAUUUGUCGUCAGCUUAUUGUAGUAAUUUGAAAAAGGAAAGUUUAUCUAAUGUUUGUACUAAUGAAGAUAGUAGAAACAUAUGUUGUUCAAUAUCAGAUUAUUGUAUGAAAUUCUUUAAUUUUAAUUCAAGUGGAUAUUAUAGUUGUAUGAAAAAAGAAUUUGCAAAUCCGGAAUAUAAAUGUUUUGCAAGGAAAGGUUUUUCAAAUAUGUAUUACUUUGCUGGUGGAGGAUUAUUUUUUAUAAUAUUAUUCCUCCUAGGAACAACAAGUUCUAUAGGAAAAUGGUCUGAAGAAAAUGAAUUAAAUGGUACAGCUUUUGAAGAAGCUAAUUUUGAAGACGCUGCUUUCGAAGUAACAACAGGCCAAGAUUCAGGUUUUGAAGAAUAUGGUGAUAAUGCAUAUAGGAUAGGAUUAUUAAUGAACCAAAAAAUUCAGUCAGCUAAAUCUUCAGAUUAUUUAGAAUACCAUAUGGAUAAUUAA